GCAGGACUGCGGCCACUGUGCGCUGCUGCUCGGAUUUCACAAACUUCUGCGGUUUAAAACAUUCCUGCGGGGAUUUCAGGAGCUUUAAAACGCGCACACGCGAACAAACACGCAUAUAAAGACCCGCACGGAGACCCUGCAGAGCUCAGCGCCGCGAAGAUGGCUUCUUACCCGUUACCGGAGGGCUUCACCGACUUCGACAUGUUCGCCUUCGGGUCUGCGCUGCUGGUGGGCGGUCUUCUGGGGUUUUUCCUGAACGCGAUCUCGGUUCUGGCGUUCCUCAGGGUUCGAGAGAUGCAGACGCCCAAUAACUUCUUCAUCUUUAACCUGGCCGUGGCCGACCUGAGCCUCAACAUCAACGGCCUAGUGGCAGCGUACGCCUGUUACCUGCGGCACUGGCCCUUCGGCUCUGAGGGCUGUCAGCUUCAUGCAUUUCAGGGGAUGGUGUCGAUUCUGGCCGCCAUCAGUUUCCUGGGCGCAGUGGCCUGGGACCGAUACCACCAGUACUGCACCAAGCAGAAGAUGUUCUGGAGCACGUCUAUCACCAUCAGCUGCCUCAUCUGGAUCCUGGCUGUGUUCUGGGCUGCGAUGCCGCUGCCUGCCAUUGGCUGGGGUGUGUUCGACUUCGAGCCGCUGAGGACAUGCUGCACUCUGGACUACAGUCAGGGCGACAGGUUUAACACCGGUCUGCCGCUGAAGGCUCUGCUGUUCUGCUGGGGUCCGUAUGUGGUGGUCUGCAGCUUGGCCUGCUUCGAGGACGUGUCUGUGUUGUCGCCGCGUCUCAGGAUGGUGCUGCCGGUGCUGGCCAAAACCUCUCCCAUCUUCCACGCCGUCCUGUACGCGUACGGAAACGAGUUCUACCGCGGCGGCGUCUGGCAGUUCCUCACCGGACAGAAAUCUGCAGACAAAAAGAAAUAAAGAUCUUCAUCUGUG